GGCCCCGGUGUGGGCCGAGCGAGGCAGGGGGGACGGGCCGGAUCGCUGCCUUCGCUGUGGCAGCUGCGGGAGCAGCGGCAGCCUCGGAAGCCGGAGAAGAGGCACUAGAGGAGCGCCGCGCUGACCGCGCCCCGAGGCCCGGCCCUGCGGGUAGGGGAAUCGCGCCGAAGAGCUGGAAACUUUCCCGGCAGGAGCUGACCUCUGGCUAAGGAGAAAAUUGUGAACGAAGUCCCUUCCCCCUUUUUUUCCUGGUGAACAGAAGUUACCAAAAAUAGUUUGUCUUCCAGCCCUCUGCGGUCAGCUUGUCCGGAGGAGCUUGGCCGGUGCCCCCGAGGGAGACAGCUCCUCUCUGUUGCAAGCAAGUGGAGCCUGGGGUGAGGUGAGGUGAGAAGUGAAGGAGUGUUGAAGAUGCUGAAGGCUGUGCUGAAGAAGAGCCGAGAGGGAGGAAAAGGAAGCAAGAAGGAGACAGGCAGUGACUUUGGUCCAGACACUUCCCCCCCAUCCCUGCCUCCUGGUGCUGGCGGCGACUUUUCUGUGAGCAGUCUUCCGGUAGCAGAUGACACUUACAGGGCGAGCUUGGCCAAAGGCGUCUCCAUGUCUCUGCCUUCAUCACCUCUGCUGCCUCGACAGUCUCACCCGGUGCAGUCAAGGUCAAACAAAAAAUCCCCAGGUCCCGUCAGGAAGCCCAAGUAUGUGGAAAGCCCCAGAGUGCCUGGAGAUGCAGUUAUAAUCCCGUUCAGAGAAGUGUCCCAGCCAGCUGAGCCGAAUGAAAAUGAAGCAAAGGCCGAUAAUGAACCGAGCUGUUCGCCGGCAGCUCAAGAACUGUUGACAAGGCUGGGAUUUUUACUGGGAGAAGGGAUCCCAAGUGCCACACACAUAACCAUUGAAGAAAAAAAUGAAACCAUGUGCACAGCUCUGAGCCAAGGCAUCAGUCCUUGCUCCACACUAACAAGCAGCACCGCGUCUCCCAGCACCGAUAGCCCCUGCUCAACCUUGAAUAGCUGUGUCAGCAAGACUGCAGCCAACAAAAGUCCCUGUGAGACCGUUAGCAGCCCUAGUUCCACCCUGGAAAGCAAGGACAGUGGAAUCAUAGCCACAAUUACAAGUUCAUCCGAAAAUGAUGACCGGAGUGGCUCCAGUUUGGAAUGGAAUAAGGAUGGAAGCCUAAGGUUAGGGGUGCAGAAGGGAGUGCUCCAUGAUCGCAGGGCAGAUAACUGCUCCCCCGUGGCAGAAGAGGAGCCCCCUGGGUCGGCGGAGAGCGCGCUGCCCAAAGCCGAAGCCUCAGCUGGAGAUGGUCCUGUCCCUUAUUCUCAGAGCUCCAGCUCGUUAAUAAUGCCACGGCCCAACUCAGUUGCAGCGACCAGCUCAACCAAAUUGGAAGAUUUGAGUUACUUAGAUGGGCAGAGAAAUGCUCCUCUUCGAACGUCAAUUCGAUUACCGUGGCACAAUACGGCCGGAGGCAGGGCGCAGGAAGUUAAAGCACGAUUUGCUCCCUACAAGCCACAAGACAUCUUACUGAAGCCCCUGUUGUUCGAAGUGCCGAGCAUAACAACAGACUCAGUGUUUGUGGGACGGGAUUGGCUCUUCCACCAGAUCGAAGAGAACUUGAGGAACCCAGAACUGGCGGAAAACAGAGGAGCGGUGGUUGUUGGAAACGUGGGCUUCGGGAAGACGGCAAUCAUUUCCAAGCUGGUGGCGCUGAGCUGCCAUGGCAGCCGCAUGCGGCAGAUCGCCUCCAACAGCCCCAGCCCAUCCCCCAAAACUUCAGAUUCCUCCCUGGAUCCUCCGUUCACUCCAUUGCUUUCACCAAGUACUUCUACAAGUGGUACCAAUGUGGCUAAAAUGCCCACUGGGUCGGGGUCUGAUACUCCUGAAAACCAAAGACCAAGGGAGGAUGCAGUGAAAUACCUCGCUUCCAAGGUCGUGGCCUACCACUACUGCCAGGCCGACAACACCUACACGUGCCUGGUGCCUGAGUUCGUGCACAGCAUCGCGGCUCUGCUCUGCCGGUCCCAUCAGCUGGCUGCCUACAGGGAUCUGCUGAUACAGGAGCCCCAGCUACAGAGCAUGCUGAGCCUCAGAUCCUGCGUGCAGGACCCCGUGGCUGCCUUCAAGAGGGGAGUGCUGGAACCACUGGCAAAUCUGAGAAACGAGCAGAAAAUUCCUGAAGAAGAAUACAUUAUUUUGAUAGACGGCUUGAAUGAAGCUGAGUUUCAUAAACCUGAUUAUGGAGAUACACUUUCUUCAUUUAUUACCAAAAUUAUCUCUAAAUUUCCUGCCUGGUUGAAGUUGAUUGUGACUGUAAGAGCAAAUUUUCAGGAAAUCGUAAGUGCACUGCCGUUUGUCAAGCUUUCCUUAGAUGACUUUCCCGACAACAAGGACAUUCACAGCGACCUGCACGCCUACGUCCAGCACAGAGUGCACAGCAGCCAGGACAUCCUCAGCAAUAUCUCCCUGAACGGCAAGGCCGACGCCGCCCUCAUUGGGAAAGUGAGCAGCCACCUGGUGCUGCGGAGCCUCGGCUCCUACUUGUACCUCAAACUCACCUUGGACCUCUUCCAGAGGGGACAUUUGGUCAUCAAAAGUGCCAGCUACAAGGUGGUGCCCGUGUCUCUGUCCGAGCUCUAUCUGCUGCAGUGCAACAUGAAGUUCAUGACCCAGUCUGCCUUCGAGAGGGCGCUUCCGAUUCUAAAUGUGGCCCUCGCGUCCCUCCACCCCAUGACGGACGAGCAGAUCUUCCAGGCCAUUAAUGCUGGCCACAUUCAAGGGGAACAGGGGUGGGAAGACUUUCAGCAGAGGAUGGAAGCCCUGUCCUGCUUCCUCAUUAAGAGACGGGACAAAACCCGCAUGUUCUGCCACCCGUCCUUCCGGGAGUGGCUUGUUUGGAGAGCAGAUGGUGAAAACACGGCCUUCCUGUGCGAGCCCAGGAAUGGGCACGCUCUCCUGGCAUUCAUGUUCUCGCGACAAGAGGGCAAGCUGAACCGCCAGCAGACCAUGGAGCUGGGUCACCACAUCCUGAAGGCACACAUUUUCAAGGGCCUCAGCAAGAAGACGGGAAUCUCUUCAAGCCAUCUCCAAGCCCUGUGGAUUGGGUACAGCACUGAGGGACUGUCUGCUGCCCUCGCCUCUCUCAGGAAUCUCUAUACUCCCAAUGUCAAGGUGAGCCGCCUCCUGAUUUUGGGAGGGGCCAAUGUCAACUACAGGACAGAAGUGUUAAAUAACGCCCCGAUCCUGUGCGUCCAGUCUCACCUUGGCCAUGAGGAAGUGGUCACUCUGCUCCUGGAAUUUGGUGCCUGCCUGGAUGGAAUGUCAGAGAACGGCAUGACUGCCCUCUGCUACGCGGCAGCUGCUGGCCACAUGAAGCUGGUGUGUCUGCUGGUCAAGAAGGGGGCAAGGUUGGACCAUCUGGAUAAGAAAGGCCAAUGUGCGCUGGUCCAUAGUGCACUGAGGGGCCACGGUGAUGUUCUCCAGUACCUGCUGAGCUGUGAGUGGUCGGCGGGUCCUUCGCAGCCAGGCGCACUGAAAAAGAGCCAAGCCCUGCAGCAGGCAUUGACGGCGGCUGCCAGCAUGGGCCAUAGCUCGGUGGUCCAGUGCUUGCUGGGGCUGGAAAAGGAACAUGAAAUAGACAUCAACGGAGCCGACACGCUGUGGGGAGAAACAGCCCUGACUGCCGCUGCGGGACGAGGGAAGCUGGAGGUGUGUGAGCUGCUGCUGGAGCAAGGGGCCGCCGUGUCCCGGACCAACAGGAGAGGGGUCCCACCUCUGUUCUGCGCGGCGCGCCAAGGGCACUGGCAGAUCGUGAGACUGCUGUUGGAGCAUGGCUGUGAUGUGAACCUCAGUGACAAGCAGGGCCGGACACCCCUCAUGGUGGCUGCGUGUGAAGGGCACUUGAGCACCGUGGAGUUCCUCCUUUCAAAAGGUGCCAUCCUUUCUUCUCUGGACAAGGAGGGUUUGUCUGCAUUAAGCUGGGCUUGUCUAAAAGGUCACAGGGCAGUGGUUCAGUUUCUGGUUGAAGAAGGAGCUGAGAUAGACCAGAUGGACAAGAACGGCCGCACUCCCCUGGACUUGGCGGCCUUCUACGGCGAUGCAGAGACGGUGUUGUACCUGGUUGAGAAGGGUGCUGUGAUUGAGCACGUGGACCACAGUGGGAUGCGUCCCCUGGACAGAGCCAUCGGUUGUCGGAACACAUCUGUAGUGAUUGCGCUGCUGAGAAAAGGAGCCAAGUUAGGAAAUGCUGCUUGGGCGAUGGCUACUUCCAAACCUGAUAUUUUGAUUAUACUUUUACAGAAAUUGAUGGAGGAAGGAAACAUGAUGUACAAAAAAGGGAAGAUGAAAGAGGCAGCCCAGCGGUACCAGUACGCCUUAAGGAAGUUUCCUCGAGAAGGAUUCGGAGAGGACAUGAGACCAUUCAAUGAACUGAGAGUUUCCCUCUAUCUCAACCUAUCUCGCUGCCGAAGAAAAACAAAUGACUUUGGCAUGGCAGAAGAAUUUGCAUCCAAGGCUCUUGAACUGAAACCAAAGUCCUACGAAGCCUUUUAUGCCAGGGCAAGAGCGAAGAGAAACAGCAGGCAGUUUGCGGCAGCUCUGGCCGACUUGCGAGAAGCUGUGAAGCUCUGCCCCACCAACCAGGAAAUCAAGAGGCUGCUGGCCCGUGUGGAAGAGGAGUGCAAGCAGCUGCAGAGGAGCCAACAGCAAAAACAGCAGUGUCCACCCGCGGCCCCACCCAGUGACUCGGAUCACGAAGUGGAAGCCCCAGCCGCUGGACUAAAUGACCACUUACCUGUUGAGGAGGCUGAAGAAGAAGAAACUUCGCCACAGGAAGAAUCCAUUUCCCUGACUCCCAGGUCCCAGCCACCCUCAUCUGUCCCUUCCCCAUAUAUCCGGAACCUUCAGGAAGGGCUGCAGUCCAAAAUAAGGCCAGCCUCGCCCCAGAACAGGCCGGCAGGUGCCAAGCCCCUGCGGGAGCCUGCGGUGCAGCCAGGGUUGCUGAUGCAGCCCACCAAGCAGGCACAGAUAGUGAAGACCAGCCAGCACCUCGGCUCUGGACAGGCUGGCGUGAGAAACGGUAGCACAAAAAUGCAGGUGUCUUCUCCGAAUCCUCCCCCGAGUCCCAUGCCAGGUAGAAUGUCCACGGCGCCUGCUGGCGUCCGGAACCAGCCUUCAGAGGGAGCAGGCGUGUUCACUGUGGGGGGUUCGGGCCGGUUUGGAGACCGGCUGGGCUCCAGCCACUGCGUCCAGCUACAGCACGGUGAGGGCAGCAGUGCGUACCCUUUACCGAGCAAGAUAAAAACUGCAGAGCGGCUUCUGGCUCACGCCUCCAUGGCCGUGGACGCAGCCCCACUGAACCAAGGUGGGCCGGUGGGCUGCAGCGACAUGCGACACCCAGCCUGCCUCACCAGCUCAGGCUCUUCUGGUUCUCCAUCUAGCAGCGUAAAGAUGUCAAGUUCCACCAGUAGUUUGACUUCGAGCAGUAGUUUUUCUGAUGGCUUCAAGGGCCAGGGGCCAGAUGCCCGAAUGAAAGACAAGGCUGCCCACCAGGUGCAGAGCGGCACAGCCGAGCACAGACCGCGCAACACUCCCUUCAUGGGCAUCAUGGACAAGACGGCGCGGUUCCAGCAGCAGAGCAACCGCACCUGGCACUGCCCGGGGCCAGAGGCACUGCUGACUAGCACGUCCUCUGCAGCGGGCCCGCAGGCCCCGAACUCUGAGAAGCCCGCUCUCAAACAAGCAGCGGGGUACAGCAGCCAAGGCAAAACCUGUUCUGUGGCAACCCUGGGUGGAACUGUGCACAAUGGGGCACAGAUGAAAGAGCUAGAAGAAAGGAAAUGCCAAAUUCCAGCCCACUGCCCAGAUAGCAGGAUAGCCAAGACUGUGUCUCACCUGUACCAGGAAAGUGUCUCUAAGCAGCAGCCUCACCUGAGUAACGAAGGCCACCGGAGUCACCUUCCUUCAGCAAAACCAAAGCGCUCUUUCAUAGAGUCAAAUGUAUAGGCUGAGAGAGACCCGUUGGUGGAGUUUGAAACAGUGUGUUGGCUCUUGGUGGUAAUCAAAUUUUUUUAUGAGAAAAAUUACUUUUUAGCCAUAUUCUUUUUCCUUGGAGGUGGAUCAGAUUCCAUUGAUUUAUUUAAAAUAUGGGAUAAAAUUUCUUUGAUGAAUAUCAGAAGUCACCAUAAGUAAGAAUGCUAACCAGAAUGGAAAACUACAAUUAGUUAUGUCUAUUAAGUUAAAAAUUUAAGACAGCCAAGAAGACAUUAACUAAUGCUUUUCUCUUAUGAAAUUAUUUGGUUUUUAUCACUUUCCUCCUAGCCUUUGCUAUGUGGUAAAAUCAUAAUGUUUCUUAGAGAAUAUAAAUGUCUAGUGAUAGGAUCAGCUCAUGACUAAAUAGCCAGAUGAUAAUAGUCUGGGAGAGAUGGAAUUUUCAAGUUGGAGUUUCAUGGAGUCAAAUCCCAAUUUACACAUACAGAUAAAAUUAAGACCCAAGUGAUUUCUAGCUGAAUAUGUGACUAUAAAUGUUACACUGCUGACUUUUUAAAGCAAAAUACAAGAAUAUCCAAGUAUUGUUCCCUUCAUAGCAGUUCCUCAAAGAGGAUUAAGCACUUAUUUCCAUGUUACGAUUCUCAUUAAACAUAUUUUUAUAGCACGUUUCUGGGACUACAGUCCUUUCCUAUUCCAAUGUUUCAGUAUUUGGAAGCAGUAUAGGCCAUUUGGAAUCAUGACUGGUGGUCAAGCUGGAUUUGGGCUCUACUACCAAGAAUACAGUGUUCUUGGGGACGUGUAAAUUAACUCUCAGCUGGUUCACAAAUUGCUUCUACCAGUGAUAGCAGUUCUGGAACAAGCCUUCCGUGCCCCUUUAAGGACAGAGUUUAAUUUGGAUACUUAAGGUCUGGUUCAUUGGUGGUUUAGUUUUAUUACACAAUCACUACUUUAUAGUCACAUGUUGUACAUAUUACAUAGCCAAGUUGUAUUCAGACUUGUAAAUAUAACUAUUUCAAGUACUUAACCUUUAAAAAAAGUCAUAUAUUUGCAUGUUCUUUGUAAACUUCAUCCAUACUGGUUAUUGCACUGAACAAUAUAUUAUGGCAUGUUAACAGUGUACCAGUAACGGCACUUUAUUUCAUUUAUAUGAACACCUUUGAGGUGCUACUUAAGUCCAAACUGAUGUAUUAUUCAUUUAUGAAGAUAAGGUACAGGAAUGAACCUUGGCUGAAAGGUAUUUUUCUAUGAAAAUGGUGUGCUAUUGAAGGAUGUUAAAAUGCUAGUUUGAGAGAGGAGGGAAUGUAUUUGUUUUAUAUGUUGGGAUGUGAAAUUUAUUUUCUAGAAUUGGGGAGAAGGAGUUCUAUAUUUACAGAAUGUUUUAAAAAUGAAUCGUUGUAAUGAAGUUCCUGUGAGCAUCACUGUAGUUUUGUACAAAUAGAAUCUUCUGGUGGUGUUCUUUGACAUUUGUUCUUGAUGUGUUUUGUACAGCUUUGUCAUUUUUUAAUAGGCUUUUCUUGAGUUCUGCUAUAACUACUAUGGCUUAUUUAUUGUGUAUUGUUUUCUUUAAUAUCUGUGAGUCUUACUCUUUUGUUAUGUAGUUUUGUUUUUGCACAACUACUGUAUUUUUCCACAUGGAAUAAAGACUAUUAAUAGAAUGUGUUUGCAUUAAAUGACACUGUGGAUAAGUGGAGAAGAUUGUGAUGACAGCCACCUGCUUUGCUUAAUCCUGGGUGGUCUUGUUACUCUAAAGAAAAUACUGAAAAGUCUAUUUUUAUAGUAGUAAUAUCCAAUGCAUAUUUAGUUUCAUUUAGUAAUAAUUUUAAAACAAGGGUGACAGCUUCUAGAAAUAUAGAAUAUGCAUUCUAUAUUCAAGGGUCAAAAUAGUCAAGGGUCAAAAUUAGUCUUUUACCCUGAAAUAGGGAAGAAAGCACAAAGAACAUUCUAUAAUUUUAUCUGCUCUGGAAGUCAAGGUGUAUGUUUUUACUGGCAAUUAGGUAUCUUUAGGACUCUUAACUUUCAAACAUUUUGGCAACACAGCAAUCACUAUUAAUAAGAAAGCUUGUUCUCAGCACAUUUGUAUUUUUUAUUAAAAUGUGCAUGUGUCUGUGCACCCACAUACUUCAGUUUCAGAGUCGCAGAACGAGGAGCACUGAGCCAAGCUGCACUGCAGUGAGAUCCCGGCUGGAAUCUAAGCCUUCGUGCUCCCUGUGCUGCUGCUGCUGCUGCUGCAGGUUACUGUCCGGUUGCCGCUGUUACUAGCAAGGCUAAGUGUAGAGUUUUAAGUCCUCCUGUAAAGGUAUACAUUUAAACUAAAGGUUAAAAAUAAACUGGGUGGGAAGGAAAAAGUGUUAUUUGCCGAUUCUUGUUGGAUGACUCUUCCUGUGAAGCUGCUGUAUGACUACUAGUAGAAUUUGUUACAUACUACAUUAUGAUUUUGAUAUAGUCUCAGUAAAGAUAUGUGUUUACAUCUUGCCACAGAGAAGUCACAUCUCCUUGGGAAGCUACUGGUCAGUCCCAAGGACGGGCAGCGGGCAGGUGGGUGCUGCCCCUGCACAGUCCCGAGGGAGGGUGGAGCGUGCUGCGGGGCGUCCGUGUGCGUUCUGUGGGUGGUUCUGGACUUAGAGUGUUUAGGUCUGUCUUUGCUUGUGUGUUUAUGGGGACACUGAGUUGUUUGGCUUUGGCUUAUUUGUAAGUACUUCACUUUGGUAAAUUAUUGGCAUCUUAGUUUUCAGCCAGUUUGUUCAAAAAGAAACUAUACUUUGUAGAAAUGUAGAAAAGAAAAUCACCUCUAACAUUUAAAAGUAACCAGCCUUUUAUAGAAAUGAUUUUGUUUUUCCUUAAAUGACUUUGAUGAUGUCUAGUAACUUCUAUGUAAAAACCAGAUAGCCUCCUUUGGAAAGUAAGUCUGUUAUUUUACCAAAACAAAAGAUAUUUGGUCCAGUGUUGGGCUCUAACAAUUAAAAAAAUUUGCUAGAAUUAUGUUAGCAUUCUUUCUGUAAAGAAUACAGUAGGCAAACACCUUCUAGAAUAUGUCCCUAACCUGUUUCUUGUCCUCUAAAGAACGUGAGAAGCAUGUGCAAUAUGAAGAAACUCUUCUACGAUCAUAGGUUGUGAGUCCUAGCUGUGAUACAAAGUAAAACUCAGCAAUACAUUACGAGGAGAACAGAAACUGUGCAAAGCAGCAAUUGCAAAGAAAAGACAUUUGGAGAUUUCUGUGGUAGCUAGGCUCUCCAUCCUGUAGACAUACAGCUUAUUAACUAUAAAAGUUCAUAAAAUUUAGGAAAAGACUAAGUAUAUAAGGUAAUGACAUUGCAUUUCUCUUUUAUUUCAAGUUUAUGUCAAAGUUUUCAAAUAUCCGAACAAUUCCAACAGGGGUUUGGGGGUAAGCACCCAGAUCUAGGUCCCUGUUUGCCAUCGCAGUUCAGUUCUAACAAGCAUUUCCACUAACGACUCCAUUCUGAUAAAACAGGUAUGUGAGGGCAAUAUAACCACCGCUUCCUGAACUCUGAAGUUUUCUUCUAAGUGAACACUUACAGGGCACUGUAUCAAAUGCCAGUGUGUUGUACAAAAAUGUGUGGUCAUGACUUCUAGUCAAGAUGGGGGCAUAGGUAAACACACUUUGCCUCCUUGCAUAACCACAAAAGAAUUACAACUAAAUCUCAAUGCCCAGAACUGUCAGAAAAUCAAACUGUAUGGAAGUCUGACAACCAAGGAUUUAAAGAAGCCACAUUCAUCUAGACAGGUAGGAAGGGCUGAGACACAGAGGUGAGGAGACACAGUGGGGUGUGGAGAGGUGUUGUGGUGGAAUGGGCACAGGUGGCCCCAUAUUCAUGUGUGGUGGAUAAAAAUUGGGAGGAGUACCUUCAGAGCAGAGGGAUCCCAGCCCCAGGCCAGACUGCACAGCCCAGGGUUCAAGUGCCUGGAAGAUAAAUCCUCAUAAUUUCUGGCUGUAAAAACCAGUGGGGGUUGGUGUGGCAGAAUAAUUUGCCAGAUUUUCAGUAAACUGCAGAAAAGGGCCUGCACAGGUGUAGAAUGUCCACAAUGUCACCCACUCUGGGUUUCAGUACCAGGGCAACAGCUGGAAGGGAAUCAGUCGCAUAGGGAGAGUGGCUGGAAACGUGCCAGGCAAACCUUCAGAAGCCGGCAGGGCCCUGUCCUCUGGCUUCCUCCCACACAAGCCACAAAGCAAUGAAGUGGGUUGCUCUACCCUGGUGAUUUCCUAAGGCUCUGCCCCACAGAAUUAACAGAUUUGACUCCCUGCCUUUUACAGGGAAUCAAGGCAGGUCUGUCUAAUACACAGAAACAAACACAGGGAGGCUGCCAAAUUGAGACAAAGAGAUACGGCCCCAGUGAAAGCACAGGACAAAACCCCAGUAAAAGGAUGAAUCAAAGCAGAGCUAUAUCAGAUGCAGAGUUCAAAACACUGGUGAUCAGAUGCCCAAAGAACUCAUUGAGCAUGGCAUGAACAUAAAGAAAUGAAGGUUAUACUAAGUGAAAUAAAAGUCUACAGGGAACCAACAGUGAAAGGGACUCAAAUCAAUGAUUUGCAACACAAGGAAGAAAUACUCAACCACAACAAUAAGAAGAAACAAUUUAAAAAAAAAGGACAGUAUAAGAUGACUCGGGGACAUCUUCAAAAGUGCCAACAUCUGAAUUAUAGGGAUGCCAGAGGAGAAGAGGAAGAGCAAGAAAUUGAAAACUUAUUUGAAAAACUGAAAGAAAACGUGUCUAAUUGGUGAAGGAAAUAGACAAGUCCAAGA